CAAUAAAGAGAUUCAUUGAAUGAUGACUGUGCCUUCCUGUUUACACUAAAUUAAUCUGUGCAUUCAAAAUGAAAUCUUAUUAGAUUAUUAUUUUUUAUUGUUAUUGAAGAAAUCUAUGGCCUUUUUUUGAAGCACAAAUACGGCCUUAUUCUGUGGAUUAUUGAAGAAAAAACUUCGUCGUAACAAACUUAUUUUCAUAUCCAUAAUUUUUAGAAUCCAUUGGUGCUUCGCAAAAAAAGAGGUUUUCUGGUGCAUCUCUCAUGCGUUUUGUUGGGAAUUUUGAACUAUUUUCUCUCCGUCUGCUCAAUUAGGGCUCAAAUUUUAUGACAAGUAUUUCUCCAUAGAAGUAUGAAGCUGGCUUCUCUUGAAAUUGAGGGCCUUUUAAUGGAAGAUUUUUUUUUUUUAAUUUUUUCAUUUGCUUUCCUGUGUUUAGUAAGCACGCCUUUCUUGUGAUUUUAUUGCUCUGUAUUUUCUUUCUCUAAAAUAGCAACAAUUACAGAUUUCACACCAUUCACCUGCUAUUUCGUGGCUGGUGUUCGCCUGGGAGUCCAAUACGUGUUCGUGGGGUGUUGUUGAGCUUCCUUUUUGUCCUAACCCUUUCUAUCUAAAUAUCUCAACCCCACCUCUCUCUCUCUAAACUCUCGACCCCACCUCUCUCUCUCUCUCUCCAAACUCUCAACCCAACCUCUCUCUUUCUGUGAAUCUCUCAACCCCCUCUCUCUGUCUCUCUCUUUCUCUUGUAACUCUGCAAGUGUGACUAUAUUUGGUGGUUUUGUGAGAUUUUUUUUUUGUUGUUAUGGGUAAAAUUUAUGGGAAAGUAUAAGACCUUUUAUACGAGGUGGUUCCUUGCAUGCUCAAGAUUUUAACACGCCUGGUAUGGGAGUCAAGGCAAGGCUUUCAAUGGACCGACGACUCAAAGCCUCGUCGUCUGUGGCUGUGCUUUUUUUAGAUGUCGUAGGGCUUGUGCUUUGGACUUGAGUGAUAAAGGGAAACUUUCUCAUUUUUCAUUUUUUUUUUUUUUUUGAAUCCCUGGUUUUUGUUGGGCUUGAAUUUUGGACUAGAGAGAACGAAGGGACAAUUUUUGGGGAUUAUUCUUUCUUUGUUGUUCUCUGUCUUUUAUGGAGCUUGUGCUCUGGAAUUGAGUGUAGAAGGGGUCGGUCUUUGGUUAUUUAUUUUCUUCUUUUUCUACUUUUCAUUCUGUGUAUUUGGGGCAAUUAUUCGAUGGGUGAGGCCGUGAGAGAGUUGGAUCCUCUUUUGAAGGAUCUCCAUGAGAAGAAGCAAAGCUUUAGACGCAUGGCUUCUGAUGUUGUUUCCUUAGCGGCGGAGCUCAAAGAUGUUCGCAGUCGCAUGUUGUCACAGGAAGAAUUGUUUGCUCGAGAAUCCAAGACCCGAAAGGCUGCAGAGUCUAAGGCAAAAAGCAUGGAGGAGGAGAUACAGAGAUUGCAGAAAAGAUUGGAAGAGCGUAACGGGCAGUUGCAGGCUUCUUCAUCUAAUGCUGAGCAUUAUCAUAAGGAGUUAGACGAUUUGAGAUCACAGCUAUCUGCUGCUCAAGCAACUGCCGAUGCCAGUGCAGCCUCUGCUCAAUCUGCACAUCUUCAAUGCUUAACUUUGUUGCAAGAGGUAGAUGACAAAAACAGUUCACUGCAAGAUCAUGAGGCUCGGGUUGACCGUUUAGGAAAGCAGAUAGAUAACUUGCAACAUGAUCUACAACAGAGAGAAAUCUCUCAAAAAGAGUUGAGAGAUGAAGUUUUAAGAAUUGAACGUGAGAUUAAGCUUGCAGUUUCUAAAGCUGGGGAUAGCAAGGAUUGUGAACUACGAAAGCUUUUAGAAGAGGUAUCUCCUAAGAAUUUUGAGAAUAUAACUAAACAUUUAAGUGCAAAAGAUGAAGAAAUAGCUAGACUUCGAGAUGAAAUUAGGAUUAUGUCUGCACACUGGAAGCUGAAGACUCAGGAACUUGAAUCUCAGGUAUUUUUCUUGUUUUUAUGCAGCUGCUUACGUUAUCCACUCUCACAUCAGCAAUUUAACUUUUCUUGUCAUACUAUAAAUAUUUAUUCGAUCCCAAUUUACCUUUACUCUGACCAGUUAGAGAAGCAACGCAGAGCUGACCAGGAACUGAAGAAAAGGGUCUUAAAGUUGGAAUUUUGUCUACAAGAAGCUCGUUCUCAAACUCGGAAGCUCCAAAGGAUGGGUGAAAGAAGGGAUAAAGCUUUGAAGGAACUGAUGGAGCAGUUAACCCUGAUGAAACAGGGUGAGGGCGGACGAUCUGAGAAGCAUAGUUUUUGGGAGACCUCUGGCUUCAAAUUCAUAGUUUCCAUGUCAAUGGUGGUUUUGGUGGUAUUUGCAAAGCGGUGAAAAAUGCCCACUUAGGUUUAUCUUUUCCUUCAAUAGAUUUUGUAUUGUCAUGCAACAUUUCAGAUAUAACUUUCCUCAUUGUAAAAAGAAGAUCCAUGAAAGUCUGCAGGGGAGCUAUAUUUAAUAUUAUGAAGAAUGUAACAUGUAGCUGUGAAUGUUGGGACUUUUUAAUGUUAGCAUGUACCCAUGCAUUACUAAAGAAGAUUCAGAUAUAAUUAUGACUUUGGUUUUCUCUCUCCAA